AUUCAACAUGUUGGAGUGCUCCAACUGCAGCCUGGAGAGAAGUCUGUGCUCGGACUGCUGCGUCAAAGGCUGACUUCAUCCGCAAGUGAUGAUUUAAUGCCGAACUACAAACUCUAACAUGGACUGAUUUGAGUUCUUGACAAAAUGGCAAAUGCAGACUGUGAGGUCAAAACGCUGCUGAAUUUUGUGAAUCUGGCGUCCAGUGACAUCAAGGCGGCGCUGGACAAGUCGGCUCCGUGCAGACGCUCCGUGGAUCACAGGAAAUAUCUGCAGAAACAACUGAAACGCUUCUCUCAGAGAUACUCCAGGGUGCCGAGAUGCCACGCGCACCACAGGCCUGCGGAGUACGGAUGCGGCAGACCCGCGGGGACUGCACACCAACACGGCAAGGUCGCAGAGAAGGCCGUCUCGGACGCGCAAGACGUGGAGAACGUUGAGAGCGCCGUGGACCAGGUGCCGAUGAGGAAACGCCAGCUCCCAGCCUCAUUCUGGGAGGAACCCAAGUUGACCCCGUCUAAGAGGGAGCGCUCACAUUUAGGACUGAAAAAGGCUCCUGCGGGGACAUCUGAGGGAGGUGAGAACGAAAAGAGGAAAAGGAGCAGUGGCGACGACGCAAAGGCCGCACUGUCUGCGUCCAGCCGGCGCAUCUCUGCGGACAAAGACACGUUUAAACUGGAUAUGACCUCUCACCACUGUGUGAGCGUGUGCGGCUGCUGUCCCUUCCAGUACCACGGACACCAGGUCCUCCACAGUCACAUUGUUGUCCCACAUCCGCCACUGGGACUGUGGAGCAAGGCGUCAGGGACUGAGACAGAAGGACCGGAGCUUCCUUAUGGGCAGAAAAUCCACACGCACGUGGUGGUCAAACCCAUACCGACCAAAGCCACCGUGCAGUCGCCCAUCUUCAGUGUGUUUGGAUUCAUUUAAUGCGUGAAGCCGCCACGUGAACACAGACACGUGUUAAUAUGACUGACGGUUGUCACUGUGUGCGCUCCACACACACACACACACACACACGCAACAUCCUCCUCUU